AAGAGCAGUAUUCGGUUGGUUCGGUUGCUGUACGCUUUUUGCGUUAACAGCUACAAUACUACGGAGCUGUUACAUUUGAAUUUCAAAGUUUCGUAUUUCAGAUAACAAUUUCGGACUACAUAUUUCCGUACUUAAAGGUUUAGGCGCGCUUUUCCAUUGAGUAAAGAAGCGGAGAAUAUUUAAAAAAAAUUUUGACUGGGGUGGUAUGUGGAUAACUUUUAGCCGCGAUGGAUCCCAGUGCUCUACAAAACAUGGAUCGGGACGCAUUGAAAAAGCAAAUUGAAAACAUGAAAUACCAGGCAUCGAUGGAGCGAUGGCCGUUGUCUAAAAGUAUUGCAGAAAUGCGAUCGUUCAUCGAGGAGAAUGAAAAAAACGACCCUCUAAUUAAUGCCCCGGAUAAAAAGAACAAUCCGUGGGCUGAAAAAGGAAAAUGCGUUCUUAUGUAAUAUUAUCGCAAACCACAACAAUACCAUACAAACAUUCAUAAGUUUCCCAUUUACUACUAUAAUAACCACAAUGCUACUAAUAUUCGUAAUAACACCGUUAAGUAUAGCGAAAACAAAAGCAGAGAAUCAAAAAAAUUUAGAAAGAAAGCUAAGUCCCAACAAACAAGAGAACAGUUUCAAAAUGAAAGCAACAGCAGCAAUAAUAACAAUAAACCAAAUCGGCAGCAA